UUGUACUGUAGUGUUUCUCAUUUAGUAGCUGCCCCAGAGCCCUGCAGACAAACGGGUGGGAGACGGACAGUGAGCUCGGAGGAUGGCAACGGCAAGUCAUCACGGGACAAUGUGGCUUUUUCCCGUUGUCCUCCUUUUCCUUCAGAUGGUGCAGACAGCCAUACCAAAUGCAUGCAAAGUCAACAAUGGGAACUGUGAGCAGUUCUGCAAAGCUGAAGAUGACCAAGUCGUAUGUUCCUGUGCUGCUGGCUAUGCCCUGGGCAAUGACAACAAAACCUGCGUUCCCAUAGUCAAGUUCCCGUGUGGUAAACUUCAGAGAAAUCAUAAAGUUGGUCGAGAGAAAGUUGGAGGACCCACAGCAAGUCCAGAUGCUCAUCCUGAAAAUGAGGAAACCGCUGAGGCCCCAAGCAGCCAUCCAGAGGUCACCGGGGAGGCUGACAGUUUGCCCAGUGUGUCCCCAUGGCAUGCUGUUCUAGUAGAAGAUGAGGAGGGUGACUGGUUUUGUGGGGGGACAAUUCUGAAUGAGUAUUUUAUACUUUCUGGAGCUCAUUGUGUUAACCAGUAUAAAAACUUGGGGGUCCUUGUUGGGAUGGUGGACAAAGAUAAUGAAGAGCCAAGUAGAUCAAUGCACAGAGUGGAAAAAAUAAUUGCACACGCGGAAUUUGAUGCAGAAACUUUUGAGAAUGAUAUAGCCCUUCUCAAAUUAGAGGAACCUAUCACGUUUUCUGAAGAUGUUGUCCCAGCAUGCCUUCCAGAAGAAGACUUUGCUAAGAACGUUCUGAUGAAUCAAACGUUUGGAAUUGUCAGUGGCUUUGGGAAGAGGUUUGUAGGUGGGCAGCCAGUCAAAAGAAUGAAAGUGCUUCAAAUCCCUUAUGUGGACAGGAACACUUGCAAGCUUGCCCUUCGUAACCCAGUCACAAGAAAAAUGUUCUGUGCUGGAUAUGAUAAAGAUGGAGAAGAUGUCUGCCAGGGAGAUGGAGGAGGCCCCCAUGUAACCCAAUACAAUGGCACUUAUUUUGUUACUGGUAUCAUCAGCUGGGGAGAAGGGUGUGGAAGGAAAGGGAAAUAUGGAGUUUACACCAACUUGUCAAAGUUCUUACCCUGGAUAAGAAGCGUUUUGACAGAAAACUCUUAGUGGUUUGACAUUUAACAAACCUAAUUGUCUUAGCCAUCAAACCUGAUCCCUAAGUAAUAUUUUUCGCUUUUUAACAUGCUCACUAAAAUUCUGAUAGUUUGUGCUUCCCAUAAGAGACACCAUCUACUUCUUCAUGAGCUAAUGCCUGGUUUUCAGAAGGUGGGGUUGGGCUUCAAACAGAGCUUACUGGUUUUGGACAAUAUUGAAAUUUGUUUGGUUUAGGUACUCCUUCUGCUCUUGUUGUGACAACCUAAAUUUGUCAAUUGAAGGUUUUGCAUGUGCUGAUAAGGCCCCUCCCACUGCAAGGAAAGUUGGAACUAACUCAACAUUUCUGUGGCACUACAUGCUUUAUAGAAAGAAACCAAACUAGGAUCAUAGCAAAGUAAGACAGCAUCAGAGUAGGACAGCAUUUUAAAAGCCUCUGGAAAAGCUACCUAAUUUUAUAGAUUUAUAUACGUGUAUGUGUACACAGAAAAAGCUAGAAAAUUCAAAAACCACCCAUGUAUCCACACGAGUCUAAAUAACUGGGCAUGUCACUGAAUCAAAUGAGUUGUUAGAUGAAUUUCAUUGGAUUGUAAGGGCUUCCUUAUCAUCACCAAAAUCACUGGUCUGAUAUUUUCUUGCUUUCUUUCUGAGAUACUUUCUUCACCAGCGUUUUUGAUGUCAUGAUUUUGGCUAUAAUAAAGUAAAUGCAUUGCAUACCCUGCAAA